AUGAGCACGUUAUGGCUUCUCAGUAAAAAGAGGAAGGAACAAGAAGAAAGAGAAAGUGUUAUAAAGUAUGUUACUCAAAUGAGAAGAAAAGGUACUUCUCCGCCAGUAUUAAGUGGGCCUUUAGCACGGCUUCCCAUACUAAGCAGUCCCAACUUAAACGACAACAAUAACCUGGGGCGGUCUCCUGUGAUUCCAUUUUGUACGCGAGCCGUGACGUUGCCAGAAAUAUCAGAAAUGGGAAAUUAUCAAGCCUUUUUAAAUGAAACGUCUGCCAGCAAUGAUAUACACCCAAUUACAUUUUUGGCGCCUGAACUUCCCGAAGAAACGCUGUUGGAGAAAGAACACAAUGAAACGUUGGCAAAAAUAAACUUCGUCUUGGCAUUAAGUAACUGUAUUUUGGAAAUGGCUUCCCAAAGGUCAGCACCCCUAUCUAUGCUUGUGGAUCAUUCUCGACAAAAUCCUCCCACAAAUGAGGCUACGAAAAGAGCUGAACAACUAGUAUUGUCGGUGAGAGCGUUGCAAUUGCUUAGUUCCGGGCUGGCUCUGGCUACUAAGCAAAUUAAGGCUGGACAAUUGAGGCCUAGUAGUACUGUUAAGACUGUUCUUUCUACUAUGAACGCAAAAUUUAAAUCAACUCUUCAAGAAUGCAAGCAAUUGAAUAGCACAGGUUUGCUAAACAAAGUUGGUGGUUCUGGUAUAACGGCAGACAAAAUUAUAUACAAUUAUGCCAUUCAAAUGAUAAAGAAGCAGUAG